AUGGCGAGCGUUCAGCAGGGCGAGAAGCAGCUUUUUGAGAAGUUCUGGCGAGGAACCUUCAAAGCGGUGGCCACCCCGCGUCCCGAGAGCAUCAUUGUUGCUAGUAUCACGGCCCGCAAGCCGCUGUCAAGGACAGAGCCCCAGAGCAGCCCCAUAGGUCCAGCCCAGGAUGGACCUUCAGAAAAACUGGGUCAGCGUCUGGCCACCGAGGCCUUGGGCACCAACAGCUGGGAGAGAGACAAGGCCUGCCGGGAGCUGGGUCCUGCCAGAGCUCGAAGUGCGUCCCUCGACAGAGACUUCACACCACCACCCUCCUCCAGGGGGAAGAAGAAGAAGAAGAAAUCUGCCCGGAAGAAGAGAAGGAGGUCCCCAUCCUAUAGCCCAUCGCCCGUGAAGAAAAAGAAGAAGAAAAGUUCCAAGAAACACAAGCGACGCAGGUCCUUCUCCAAGAAGAGAAGACACAGCUCCUCAAGCCCAAAAACCAAAAGAAGGGAAGAGAAGAGGCAUAAAAAGCAAUCUCGAAGCCGGCCCCGAAAAUCUCACCGUCACCGCCACCACCACUGGCCCUCGCGGUCCCAGAGCUCGGAGUCACGCUCCUCCAGUUGUGAGAGCAGGCACCGAGGCCGGUCCCCCGAGGAAGGGCGGAAGUCCCGCCGCAGGCACUCUCGCCGCUGCUCCAAGACCCUGUGCAAGGCCAGCCCCGAGGCCCGGUCCAGCCCCCCGCCCAGCCAGCCCCUGCAGAUGCUCAGCCUCCUGUCGGCCAGGGGUGUAAUCACUGGGUCGGGGUCUGCCGCUGACCUGUUUACCAAAACAGCCAGCCCGCUCGCCACCUCCCGAGGACGGUCCCAGGAGUAUGACUCCGGCAACGACACGUCCUCCCCGCCCUCCAGGCAAACCAGCUCAGCCAGGUCCCGGGGCCAGGAGAAGGAGAGCCCCCGGGGAGACCUGAGCAAGAGCCAGGAGCUCCACAGCGGGAACACCUCGGAUUCAGGGAACUCCUUCACCACCUCCUCUCCCCAGAACAAGGGGGCUGUUCUGGAGAAUCUCUCUCCCACCAGCAGGGGCCGAGAGUCAAGAGGAUUUCAGUCGCCAUGUCUGGAAUGUGCGGAGGUGAAGAAGUCCAGCUUGGUCCCCUCCACAGCCCGCAGCUCCCCCAUGAAGGAGUGCUCCCGUAGCUCCUCCUACGCCAGCACCCGGUCCUCCAGUCUCUCUUCUCGGUCCCCAAACCCCAGAGCCUCCCCCAGGUACACCCGGAGCCGAUCCACCUCCUCUGAAAAAAGGUCCUACUCCCGCUCUCCCAGCUAUUCCUCCAAGUCUGGCAAGAGGAGCCCGCCUAGCAGAAGCUCUCGAUCCCGCCGCAGCCCCAGCUACUCCCGCUACAGCCCCAGCAGGGAGCGGGACCCCAAGUACAGCGAGAAGGACUCGCGGCAGCGGGAGCGCGAGCGAGCGCGUCGAAGACGUCGAUCCUACUCGCCCAUGAGGAAGCGCCGGAGAGACUCUCCGAGCCACCUGGAGGCCCGGAGGAUAACAAGUGCCCGGAAACGCCCCAUCCCCUACUACCGGCCCAGCCCUUCUUCACCCAGCAGCCUCAGCAGCACCGCCUCCUGGUACAGCAGUAGCAGCCGCUCCGCCAGCCGCAGCUACUCCCGGAGCCGAAGUCAGAGCCGGAGCCGGAGUCGAAGUCGGAGCCGCAGCAGGACCGGCACCAGUAGCAGCUCGAGUGCCCGCAGCCCCAGCCUGGGCUCUCGGAGCAGGAGCCGCAGCUACAGCUCAGCAGGCAGCUACUCCAGCACGAGGCGCUAA